UGCUGGGUGAGGGUGAGUGGGAGGGGCCUCAGCUCCAGGGAGACACACGGCGGCGGAGGCCUCGCUUCGGACAGAGAGAAUCUCACCCCCCCCCCUCCCUCACACCCAAGGGAACAGCCGGCUGAGUGCAGCCCGUCUCCUCCCUCCCUCUCCCCUCCACCCGGGGUGAGAUACGGCGCAGAGAGUGAGGUGGAGCCGGGGGCUGGGAGCCGUGGAACCACAACGGGCGGCGGCAGCGGUAGCGCGGGAGUGAAGGCCUCAAGAUGGCGAGUGCCUCCUACCACAUCUCCAACCUGCUGGAGAAGAUGACUUCCAGCGACAAGGACUUCAGAUUUAUGGCAACCAAUGACUUGAUGACAGAAUUGCAGAAAGACUCUAUUAAGUUGGAUGAUGACAGUGAACGAAAAGUGGUUAAGAUGAUCUUGAAGUUACUGGAAGACAAGAAUGGUGAAGUGCAGAACCUUGCUGUUAAAUGCCUUGGUCCAUUGGUCAGUAAAGUGAAGGAAUAUCAGGUGGAAACAAUUGUGGAUACAUUGUGUACCAAUAUGUUGUCAGAUAAGGAGCAACUGAGGGAUAUUUCCAGUAUUGGACUGAAAACCGUCAUUGGAGAGUUACCUCCAGCUUCUAGUGGAUCUGCUUUAGCAGCUAACGUUUGCAAAAAGAUCACAGGCCGCCUCACAAGUGCCAUUGCGAAACAGGAGGAUGUCUCUGUUCAAUUGGAAGCACUAGACAUCAUGGCAGAUAUGCUAAGCAGGCAAGGAGGUCUGCUGGUUAAUUUCCAUCCAUCAAUUUUAAACUGCCUUCUUCCUCAGCUUACCAGUCCCCGACUUGCUGUUCGAAAGAGAACUAUUAUUGCUCUUGGUCACCUUGUUAUGAGUUGUGGAAACUUGGUCUUUGUUGAUCUAAUUGAGCAUUUGUUGACCGAGCUUGCCAAAAAUGAAUCCAUGUCUACAACCAGGACUUAUAUUCAGUGUAUUGCUGCUAUUAGCAGGCAGGCAGGGCACCGAAUAGGUGAAUACCUCGAGAAAAUCAUUCCAUUAGUCGUUAAGUUCUGCAGUGUGGAGGAUGAUGAACUGAGAGAAUAUUGCAUUCAAGCCUUUGAGUCAUUCGUAAGAAGGUGCCCAAAGGAAGUUUUUCUUCAUGUCACAACCAUUAUUAACCUGUGCCUGAGGUAUUUAACAUAUGAUCCCAAUUACAAUUAUGAUGAUGAUGAAGAUGAUGCUGCGAUGGAAUCUGAAGGUGGAGAUGAUGAUGAUCAAGGGAGCGAUGAUGAGUACAGUGAUGAUGAUGAUGUGAGCUGGAAGGUACGACGUGCUGCUGCCAAGUGUUUAGAUGGUGUUGUCAGCACUCGCCAUGAAAUGCUACCAGAAUUUUAUAAAACAGUAUCGCCUGCGCUGAUUGCCAGAUUCAAGGAGCGUGAAGAAAAUGUUAAAGCUGAUGUUUUCCAUGCAUAUCUCUCGCUGCUCAAACAGACCAGGCCUGCUCAGAGCUGGCACCUUGACCCAGAUGCAAUGGAACAAGAAGAGACCCCUUUAGUUAUGCUGCAGAAUCAAGUUCCCAACAUUGUUAAAGCUUUACACAAGCAAAUGAAAGAGAAAAGUGUGAAGACCCGUCAGUGUUGCUUUCACAUGUUAACUGAGCUGGUGAAUGUGUUGCCUGGUGCUUUGACUCAGCAUGUGCCAGUUCUUGUUCCGGGGAUAAUCUUUUCCUUGAAUGAUAAAUCCAGCUCAUCCAAUCUAAAGAUCGAUGCUCUCUCAUGUUUGUAUGUUAUCCUUUGUAACCACUCGCCUCAGGUCUUCCAUCCUCAUGUAGAAGCUUUAGUUCCACCAGUUGUGGCUUGCGUGGGCGAUCCAUUUUACAAGAUUACUUCAGAAGCACUUCUUGUAACUCAGCAGCUUGUAAAAGUACUUAGACCUGUAGAUCACUUAUAUUCGUUUGAUGCUUCCCCAUACAUUAAUGACUUAUUUACAUGUACUGUCAAGCGUUUGAAAGCUGCAGACAUUGAUCAAGAGGUGAAGGAGAGAGCUAUUUCUUGCAUGGGACAGAUCAUUUGUAACCUUGGGGACCAUUUAGGCAGUGAUUUACCCAGCACACUGCAGAUUUUCUUGGAGAGACUGAAGAAUGAAAUUACUAGACUUACAACAGUUAAAGCUUUGACGUUAAUUGCUGGAUCUUCUCUCAAGAUUGACCUACGACCAGUGCUGAGUGAGGGAGUACCAAUUUUAGCCUCAUUCUUGAGGAAAAACCAGCGAGCAUUGAAACUGAGUACCCUUUCUGCUUUGGAUAUCUUGAUCAAGAACUAUAGUGACAGCCUGACACCUGCCAUGAUUGAAGCAGUCCUAGUGGAGCUUCCACCUCUUAUUAGUGAAAGUGACAUGCAUGUGUCACAGAUGGCCAUAAGCUUUCUUACAACUUUGGCCAAGGUGCACCCAUCUUCUCUUUCGAAAGUCAGUGGCUCAAUUCUUACUGAGCUUAUUGGGCUGGUACGGUCCCCACUACUUCAAGGAGGAGCUCUUAGUGCGAUGUUAUAUUUCUUCCAAGCUCUUGUUGGGACUGGAACUGCAAAUCUUGGUUAUAUGGAGUUGUUGCGAAUGCUGACUGGUCCAGUUUAUUCCCAAAGCAGUGCAUUGACUCACAAGCAGUCCUAUUACUCAAUUGCAAAGUGUGUCGCAGCACUUACCCGAGCCUGCCCCAGAGAAGGACCAGCUGUGGUUGGGCAGUUUAUCCAGGAUGUGAAGAAUUCUCGAUCCACAGAUUCUAUCCGUCUCUUGGCUUUGCUCUCUCUCGGAGAGGUUGGUCAUCAUAUAGACUUAAGUGGACAAACUGAGCUUAAAUCUGUAAUCUUAGAAGCUUUCUCUUCCUCUAGUGAAGAGGUCAAAUCUGCAGCAUCCUAUGCCCUUGGAAGCAUUAGUGUUGGAAACCUUCCUGAGUAUCUGCCUUUUGUUCUGCAAGAAAUAACAAGUCAACCCAAAAGACAAUAUCUCCUGUUACAUUCUCUAAAAGAAAUUAUUAGCUCUUCGUCAGUUGGAGGUCUCAAACCAUAUGUAGAAAACAUUUGGAAUUUGCUGCUGAAACAUUGUGAGUGUGCAGAAGAGGGAACUCGAAAUGUUGUUGCAGAAUGCCUGGGCAAACUUACUUUGAUAGAUCCAGAGACGUUACUACCACGGCUUAAAGGAUACUUGGAAUCAGGUUCAUCUUAUGCUCGAAGCUCUGUGGUUACAGCUGUGAAGUUUACAAUUUCUGAUCACCCGCAACCGAUAGAUCCUCUAUUAAAGAACUGCAUAGGUGAUUUUCUGAAAACAUUGGAAGAUCCAGAUCUCAAUGUGAGAAGAGUGGCUUUAGUUACCUUCAAUUCAGCUGCACAUAAUAAACCAUCGCUAAUCAGGGACCUCUUGGAUACUGUUCUUCCUCAUCUAUAUAAUGAAACAAAAGUUAGGAAGGAAUUAAUAAGAGAGGUGGAAAUGGGACCGUUCAAGCAUACUGUAGAUGAUGGCCUAGAUAUUAGGAAGGCAGCUUUUGAAUGCAUGUACACACUUCUGGAUAGCUGUCUUGACAGAUUAGAUAUUUUUGAAUUCCUGAACCAUGUUGAAGAUGGACUAAAGGACCAUUAUGACAUCAAGAUGUUGACCUUCUUGAUGUUAGUACGGUUAUCCACUCUUUGUCCAAGUGCAGUUCUACAGAGAUUGGACAGGCUGGUGGAACCUUUGCGUGCUACCUGUACAACUAAGGUAAAAGCCAACUCUGUUAAACAAGAGUUUGAGAAACAAGAUGAACUGAAACGAUCGGCGAUGAGAGCAGUUGCAGCACUACUGACUAUUCCAGAAGCAGAGAAAAGUCCACUUAUGAGUGAGUUUCAAUCUCAGAUAAGCUCCAACCCUGAGUUGGCAGCCAUCUUUGAGAGCAUCCAAAAGGACUCAUCUUCAACAAGCUUGGAGUCAAUGGACACUACCUAAACCUUUUCUUCCAAAGAAGGAAUCUUUCAUUCUUGUGUUGAUGUUAUGCACUGAAAUUUCAGUCAUUACGCAAGCAAAAAGAAAAUCUGUACUUUGAGCUUUAAGCUUAUGAAUUAAUUUUUACUUUGGAAAUUCUAGUUUUUGUUUAUUGUUGCUUUUUUUAGUAGUUAAUCCUGAAUGUCCAUGUAGUUCAGUGGAAAAUAUAGUGUAAAUUACACAGAACAUUUUUGUUAUACGACAUCCAAUUUAGCAGUAUUUAAAAAGGUGACACAUUUGUAGUAGUAGAUUGUGUAUAGGUAUGCAAUAAGGAUUUUGGUGUGCUGAAUGAACUUGGAAUAUAAAUGUUAAAUUUUACUCCCAGGAUCAUUUUCUUUUAGGAAACUUCAUGCCAUUCACCUUUUAUUAUGUGAAUUUUGUAAUGAAAAAGGAGAAAAAAAGUCUGUUUGUCUGUCUGCUGUUUCUGUUUCAGCUUGCUAAACAAUAGUUAAAGAACUCUGCUUUGUGAGAUUUAUUAGAUUAAAAUGGUUGGCACAGUUCUUAAAUCAUAGAUUGGUACUUCCAAUUUCUUGGAAUGGCAAAUUAUUUCCAUGGAUGCAUUGAUACUGCAUGGGACAUUCCAAUAUGUAUGUUCUGUAAAAUGUAUUUUGUUUGGAAUACAAAGCUUGAAUUUAAAAGAUGAUUUUACUCUGUGCACCGCUUAUGCCUUGCUAGUUUUUGUUCCAUUGAUCUUACUUACAUUUAACUACCUUUUUCAAGUAAAGGUAGAAUAAAUCUAUAUUAAAAAAUAUUUUAAAUUGGGUCCAAUUUAGAUUAACUGGAGUGUACUGAAACAGAAAAGUUUGGGUGCUCCCUAAGUUGGUAAAACAAAAAUACUUCUAAGCUAUUUUGUAUAUCACUAAAAAGCUGUUGUGCAAAGAAAAGCACCCUGAAUUUUUGAAUGGUGGUAUCUGCCAACGCUGUUUCCUUUAGAGUAGAAUGACUCCCUUUAAUUGGAGCCCUGUGUUCAGGGAUGCUGUAAUAAAGUUUGUUUCGUGAUCAGUGGGUUCAUAAA